AUGGACUUGUCCACCGCAUUUAACAACUACUGUAUCACAUGCGAUAAACUCGUGGGUCAGAACUUCGUCUACUGCUCGUCUCAAUGUAGGGAAAAGGACGAGAGCCAGCUGGUGUCUGUUCUCCAGGCAUGCAACGGCGCCAUGGUGUCUCCUCUCCUUACGCCUUCAUUGUAUCAGACUCAACACUUGCCAGAGGGCGGCGUCAUUGGUCUGCCUUUGUUGUUACCCGACAGCAUUCAAGACGAGGACGUGCGUGAUUUCUCGCUAAAUUAUUCUGUGAGCCAGCCCAUCAAGGAGCAAGCCAAGGUGGGUUCUGCCACCCUGGUCAACUAUAGGCUCUGGUUGACGGGGGUCUUGUAG